AUGUCUUCCGGCUACGUUCUCUAUAACUACACUCCGUCAGUGGCAGCUGCCGCUAUUUUUGUCAUCAUCUUCGUCGCUGCUACUUGCGGGCAUAUCUUCCUUGCUGCCAAGCAUAAGCUCAGGUUCUUGACGGCUUUCAUCCUGGGCGGUAUAUUUGAGGCCAUCGGCUAUGUAGCCCGUGCAGUCAAUGCGAACCAAACACCAGACUAUUCUGUCAUGCCUUAUGCGCUACAAAGUCUCUUCAUUCUUCUCGCCCCCUCAUUCUUUGCGGCAUCUGUCUAUAUGAUCCUUGGUCGCAUCAUUCGCCAAGUCGAUGGGAAUUCCAACUCUCUUAUCCGCGCAAGUCGAUUAACAAAGAUUUUCGUUUGUGGCGAUGUGUUAUCCUUUUUUAUCCAAAGUGCCGGAGGUGGAAUGCUUUCUAGUGCCAACUCGACAAGUAGCCUUAACUUAGGUGAAAAAAUCAUCGUGGCCGGUUUAAUCGUUCAAAUUCUCUUUUUCGGGUUCUUUGUCAUUGUCUCGGUUGUCUUCCACAAGCGUAUGAAUGCGCAUCCAACUUCAAUGUGGCUCAGCUCUUCGAUCCGAUGGGAGCGAUAUAUGUACGUGCUUUACACUGGAAGCACCAUGGUUAUGGUUCGUUGCAUCUACCGAGUCAUCGAGUACCUUCAGGGAUCAUCGGGCACUCUGCAGAGCCAUGAGUACUUUGCGUAUAUCUUCGAUGCCACUCUGAUGCUUUUGGUUAUGGUGAUUUUCCUUUGGAAACAUCCUCAUCAAAUCAUGAUCAAAGAUCCUCAACAGGCAGAUGAGACGGAACUUAUUUAUGGACGCCUAGGCUGA